AUGGACACUGAAGUCGCUCCCGCCCCGCUACCUACGCCUUCCUUUCCGGCUGCUCAGCUCACUCCUUCCAAGAAACGCAAUCGCGAAGGAGAUAUUAUCCAUCACCCUUCCCUCACUUCUCCAGGGGAUCAACAGAGUAGUCCCCUGACUGCUGAACACUCUUGCUGUGGAACCCCAGACUUCAGCGAACGAAGUACUCCAUUGACCGAACUCGGUGCCACACCUGUCCUUAGUCCAACAAAGCAGUCCACCAUGGCACCUGCUGACGGCAAGAAGCGGAAGCUCGCCUUCGCCGAAAAGGAGGCCGACAAGGCAAUCAAGAAGGCUGAAAAGGAGGAGAAGAAGAGACUGAAGGCCGAAGUUAAGGCUAGAAAGGACGAAGAGAAGAAACGCAAGGAAGAGGAAAAAGAGGCUGCUCGCAAGGUCAGAGAAGAGAAGAAGAGACAGAAAGAUGCAGAGAAGCAGGAGAAGGAAGCCGAAAAGCAACGGAAGGAAGCUGAAGCGUUGAAGAAAGAGAGAUCACAAAUGAGAAUCGGUGCAUUCUUUGGUCGCCCAACGGCUGCUUCAACUUCGCCAGCUAUUGACCUUGGGGUUAUCUCUCGGGGUUCUACGCCUUCUAGAAGAGGAUCGGUCACGUCCAUUGACAUGGGACCACCUCUGGUUGAGACCAAGGUGUCACCAUCCAAACCAACCAAUCCCAGCUACAACGAAUGGAUCCUACCUUUCUUUGUCAACGAGCAUAUGGAAGUCGCACCGUUCAACCGCUUCUACACCAAUAGUGGUGCAUUCAACGAUGAACAACUGCCUCUCAACCAAAAUCUCACGCCCGAGAAGCUCGGAAAUCGAUUUCGGAGACGCCGUCGCAUCCGACCAGUGAGACCCGUGAGAGAAAUCUUGAACGAACUGAAUGGCUCACAGACUGUUGCCAUCGACCUUACAGACCCUGCAAAAAGUUUGGCCGACCUCCCUUACAAGUAUUUGUUUUUCCAUGAAGAUGUUCGACCUGCCUAUCAGGGGACAUAUACGAGAGUUGUCUCACCGCGAAGUGCAAGAAAGCUUGCCAUCAAUUCUGCUCACAGAGGAUUGCCGGACACGAACUAUGACUACGAUAGCGAGGCGGAAUGGCAGGAACCCGAGGAAGGAGACGAGGAAGUUCUGGACGAUGACGAGAAAUCCGAAGAUGAGGACGGCGACGAAGAGAUGGGAGAUUUUCUCGAUGACGAAGGAGAGGUGGCCAAACGUCACUUGAUUGUUGGUGACAUGGAACCCAAGUGCAGUGGGUUGUGCUGGGAAGGCGAGCACAGUCAUCCUCAAGAUGGCUUCGACUUAUCCUUCUACCGUAUGGACGUUUUGCACGACUCAACAACCUUCCCGAUCGAUCCGUACUCGACAACGCACUGGGUGGAUAUUGGGAAGAAGAGUCCAGUCAAACGCGAAGAGAAGCUGCCGCAGACUGUUUCAAUGCAGCCUCCUCGCCCACCACUGAUGGCAGUUGACGGAAACAGUGGCAACCAGAUUUCUCAAUCCAGCCUUCUGAAGUUUGCAUCAAGCGAUGGGCAAUCGGAGAACCCAGUGUGCGUGUCCAAAUUGAAAGCGAACACCGCUUCUGGUAAACCGGUCAAGAACAUCCCGUCAGAGUUGAUACCCGCUUUCAAGGAAGCAGUGUCAGGCAGCACACUAACAAAGACCGGAUUGAUCGAGGUGCUGAAGAAUCAGUUUCCGAAGUGCUCAAAGGAUGCUAUCAAACACACUCUCGAGGCAAUUGCAGAGAGAAGAGGCGUGAAGGAGGCUGAGAAAAAAUGGGUAUUACUCGAUUGA